AUGAUGCGCGCAGCUAGAUACUACGGCAAAGAAGACGUGCGCAUAGAGGAAACGCCUCGUCCUCAAUUGUCUCCCGGCCAAAUCCUUAUAAAGCCUUCGCAUGUAGGGAUCUGUGGAACGGAUUUACACGAGUACAUUGCUGGUCCUACGUAUGCUGCCCUCCCACCAUCAAUCCUGUCAUUGGAAGCAGCGACUAACUCAAAACCACAGNNCUUCGCCCCCAUCGAACCCCACGCCGUAACCAGAGAAAAGAUCCCAAUUGGCAUGGGCCACGAGUUCAGCGGCACAAUCCUAGAAGUGUCUCCAGAAGUACCUGAUGCAUCUUCCUUCAAGCCAGGGCAGAAAUGCGCUAUUCAACCUACAAUCUACUGUCAGAGUUGUGGGGCUUGUAGGAAUGGAGUGGAGAAUGCAUGUCCCAAUGGCGGGUUUAUUGGUUUGAGCGGUGGUGGUGGUGGGUUGAGUGAAGCUGUGGCUGUGCCUUGGGAUGCAGUCCUACCACUGCCGGAGAAUGUGGAGUUGGAUACUGGAGAACCUCUCUCCGUCGCCUGGCACGCCGUCUCUGCAUCUCCACUCGUCGAAAUCGGAGCCAAGAACGCCUCUGUGCUCGUACUCGGAGGUGGACCUAUUGGUCUCGCAGUCGUGCAAGUCCUCGUAGCACACGGAACCAAAAAGAUCAUUAUGAGCGAGAUUGCCGCACAGCGACAAGCCUUCGCCAGAGAGUUUGGAGCACAUCACGUCCUUGCACCAAACGUAUACGACGUUGUCGGAGUCUCGCGCGAGCUCUGCCAUGGCGAAGGUCCUGAUAUCGUGUUUGACUGCGCUGGCGUACCUGCUAGUUUCGAGUCAGCAUGCAAAGCCAUCAAGGCUCGCGGUACCGUCGUCAACGUCGCCAUCUGGGAAAAGCCAGUAUCGUUCAACCCCAACAGCUUGGUCUUCAACGAAGGAAGAUAUGUUGGUGUGUUGGGCUACCAACGCAAAGAUUUUGUCGAAGUGAUCCAGGCUAUUGCUGAUGGCAGACUGCAACCUAACAAGAUGAUCACACGAAAGAUUCCUCUGAACGAUCUGGUUGAGAAAGGCAUCUUGGCCUUGAUCAAGGAGAAGGACAGACAUGUGAAGAUCCUGGUCGAUAUGGAGAUGGCUUGA